AUGUCCGACCACAUCAAGAAACCUGCUCUUCUUAAGCCCGGCUUUGAAGGCCCCGCCCCGCCGCCAGACUAUGAAUCGGCCACCGAGUACCCCCUCGGCGCCCUCCUCUCGGGGUACUUUGAACUCCCGGAAGAGCUAAGAGGUGGUCCGGAGGCGGAUGCGCAGUUGAGUGAGUUUCUCGAGCAGUUUAAGGUGGCGCAUGCAGAGCAGAUUGAGGGGAAGAAGUGA